CCUGUUAGUCAUAGGCAGAAAGGGAAUUGAAAUCCUCCCAAAGCAGCCAAGAAAAGGUUCAGAAUGCAACAAAGCCUACAUGGCAGUAAAGGUAUGCCCUAUUCUAAAAGGAACCCAAACUAAUUAAUUUGCAAUGACAACCAAUAUAUAUGCAAGUAUAUAAGAAGAACCUAUGCUAUUCCACACACAAACAUCACCAAAUCAAGAAAACAUUAUCAGAAGCUAAAUCAAGAACUUACAUGGAUCCAAGUAUGGCGGCUCACACAAGCAAUUAUAAACCUGGCUCAGAUUUAAUUCAAGAGGACGAAUGCGACACUCUCCUCUUGUAUCUCCCAGGUAAGUUUCUUUACUUUUCGCCGAGUUUUCGUAGUGAAUUGGAGACAACUAGCACGGGAGCUUUAAGGAUCAGUGGAACCAGGCCAAUCGGAGACAACAAGUGGAGCAUAUUCCAGGAAACUUUCCCUAUCUCGGCAAACUGUGACAACAACAAAAUCACGGCAAAAUUUGAAGGGGGGAUACUAUAUGUGAAGCAGCCAAAGCUGAUUGUUCCAGCACAGAAAGACGAGAGGAAAAUCCCACCAUCAGUCACCCCACAACCACAAACGCCACCUCGGGCACCAAAGAUCGAUCCACCAGCUCGCCCCCAGAACACCACACCAAAUGAUGAUCGGAUUAAGAAAACUGGUGUUGAGAAUCCUUCUGAGAAACCUGCUCAGAAAAAACAAGAAAAGCCCACAAAAGAAGAGGAGAAAAGCAGUACCGACGCAAAGGGUGAUAGGAAAGAUGAAACAGAGCUUCAACAAGAGAAGAUAAGUGAUAGAGCCAACAGUGAUCUGAAGGCUGCAGGAAGAACUACAGGUGGUGAUAAUCCUGAAGGAGGUGCAGGAAAUAUAGAAGCUGAUUCCAUAAGUAAACGAACUAAGUAUCAUGACAUAGCUGGAGUAGAAGGUUACAAUCACUAUGCAGGAAGUCCCACAACUAGACUGAAGAUGUCCGGGGAGACGAUCAAAAUGGUCCUGGCUGCUCUCUUUGCUUUUCUGCUGGGGAUGUACUUCAGCAAUCUGUCCUGGCUUUCCAAAGGGAACUAA